CUGAGUUAACAUGGCGUGCGUGCUCGCUGUCUCGAGCAGGGCCGAAAACAACAACAAUCUGAGCGCAGCGAUUUACGGCGUUUAACGCGCCGCCGAAGCGACAGCGCUCACCAACGCACCCCCUGACGCCCGCGUUCGGCAUGUACUGUUGAUUGAUCGCACGUUAGAGAAUUCAGAAAUCUUCAAUCCAGAGCCCUUUGGGCUUUUCUUCAGUCUCGUCAGGUGAGUAGUGGAACAAUAUGGAGGACCCCAAGAGCCCCGUGAAGGGGGUCAAACCAUCCCGUUCAAACCGGGGCAGUGGUUCUUCCUCCAAACCACAGAAGGACAAUACAAAAGCCCCUCGCCAAAGUAAAGAUGCUGUCCUCCGAGUGAAAGAGGACUUUCAGGGCGGCCAUAGCGGUGGCAGGACCAACACUGGCAGCACUCAGGAACAGGGUAGGGGCAAAGCCCGCAGGCUCACGGGCAGAACCAAUUCUGGGGAGAGGGGGAAGGGGAAGACCCAGCAGAGCGACACCCGUCAGCAAACCCCGGAGAGCAAAACUCCUGGCCGAAACAGUGGAGCGAGUAAAGACGUAGGAGCAACACCACUGACCAGCACACCAGAGGGGAACUCAACACAGAAGAACAUCAUCAUGGCUAGAGGCAAGAUGCCCGGUGUGGAGGCAGGUAGACAAAGGGGCGAGACUGUAGCAGAGGUCAUGGAGGUGGAAGAUCUGACCUCUGACCAGCAGCUGGGACUCAAACAGGCUGAGGACAGACUUCAGAGAGACUACAUUCACCGCCUGCUCAAGCAAUCUCCAGAGUACCCAAAUUUCCAGUAUCUAUGCAAACUGUGUUCAGUUCACGUGGAGAACAUCCAGGGUGCAUACAAGCAUAUUAAAGAGAAACGACACAGGAAAAACAUAAUGGAGAAACAGGAGGAGAAUGAGUUACGGGAGCUUCCUCAGCCCUCUCCCGCCCAGCUGAAGGCGCUAGACUCCGUCGUGCUGGAGGUGGCAAAGGUACACGGCAUCUCAGAGGAAGACUUUCAGCAGAGGCGUGCCGUGGCGCUACGCAUGGAGGCCAUCAUAUGUAAACCACUCACCGAGUGUUCUCUUCGCCUGUACGGCUCCUGCCUCACGCGCUUCGCCUUCAAAACCAGUGACAUCAACAUCGAUGUGUCUUAUCCCUCCACUAUGACUCAACCUGAUGUGUUGAUCCAGGUGCUGGAGAUCUUAAAGAACAGUGAGGAGUUUACAGAGGUGGAGUCUGAUUUUCAUGCCAAAGUCCCUGUUGUCUUCUGCAGAGAUGUGACAAGUGGGUUAAUGUGCAAAGUGAGUGCAGGCAAUGAUGUCGCAUACCUUACCACCAAUCAUCUCGCAGCUUUGGCUACACUGGAGCCGAGACUGGUGCCUCUAGUGCUGGCGUUCCGUUACUGGGCCAACCUGUGUCACAUUGACUGUCAGACAGAAGGUGGAAUACCGUCAUACUCCCUCUCUCUGAUGGUCAUCUUCUUCCUACAACAGAGAGAAAAUCCCAUCCUGCCUGUUUACUUGGGAUCUUGGAUUGAGGGCUUCGAUGUAAAGCGUGUGGAUGAAUAUCACCUGACAGGGAUGGAAUCGACUUUGUUUGUUGGAUGGGAACACAGACCCGCUCCUCCAUCUGAGGGCCGUGGGGAGAACAGAGGUAAACCAGGUCCCAAGAGCUCAGCAGUUAAGACCGAAAAGAAGGGAGACCACGCGACGGGCAAGGCUCGUCUGACACUGGAAGAAGUAGAAAGUGUGUCUUUGGGUGAGCUGUGGUUGGAGCUAUUGCGUUUCUACACGUUGGAGUUUGCUCUGGAAGAACACAUCAUCAGCAUCCGUCUGAAAGAGCUGUUGCCACGGGAACUGAAGAACUGGCCUCGCCGCAGGCUCGCCAUCGAGGACCCAUUUGCCUUGAAGAGGAACGUGGCUCGCAGUCUGAACAGUCAAAUGGUGUUCGAGUACAUACAGGAGCGUUUACGCACGGCUUACAAGUACUUCGCCUGCCCUCAGAGCAGGAACGGUACGAACAGCAGCCGCGGCUACCUGAGGAAAAAAAACAGACGCAGAGCCAGGGUUCCUCGGCACGUUCGCCGUGGCAAAGACGCAUCCACCAGCCGGGAUGUAAAGAAUGCCGGAGAAGAGGAGUAUGAGGAAAGCAGUGAUGAUGAUGAGGAGGAGGAUGAAGAUGAUACACUAAGGGCAGGUUUUAGGAAGUUGCUGGCGAAUGACGUUCAGACGGAUGCAGGGCUGCCGGAUGAAGCCCCUUCUCAAGAACUCUCGGCCACUAUCAUGUCCUCUUCGGCACAGAACGGCCUGAUGAUGGAAAGUGAUGAGGAGGAGGAGAAAGAGCAACAUCUGAAGGUUGAGAGUGUUGCUCCGGAGGACAUGCAUUAUAUCUUUGACAGGAUGAUCUUCACCGGGGGGAAGCCUCCGACAGUCGUGUGCAGCAUCUGCAAGAGAGACGGCCACCUGAAGGACGAGUGUCCUGAAGACUUUAAGAAGAUUGAGCUGAAGCCCCUGCCGCCCAUGAGCGAGCGUUUCAGAGACAUCCUUGACGGCCUCUGUCUGCUCUGUUACCGUGAGCUGUCACCGUCUAUCAUGGAGCAGCAGAAAAGAGAACAGAUCCUGGCCAGUCUGGAGCGCUUCAUUAGAAAAGAGUACAACGAUAAGGCCCAGCUCUGUCUGUUCGGCUCUUCAAAGAAUGGCUUCGGCUUCCGUGACAGUGAUCUGGAUAUCUGUAUGACGCUUGAGGGUCAUGACACAGCAGAGAAACUGAAUGGUAAGGAGAUCAUCGAAGGUUUGGCGAAGAUUUUGAAGAAGCACACAGGUCUGAGGAACAUCUUGCCUAUCACGACUGCUAAAGUGCCUAUUGUGAAGUUUGAGCACCGGCAGAGCGGACUGGAGGGGGACAUCAGCCUCUACAAUACACUGGCCCAGCACAACACACGGAUGCUGGCCACAUAUGCGGCUAUAGACCCUCGUGUGCAGUAUCUGGGCUACACUAUGAAAGUAUUUGCAAAGCGCUGUGACAUCGGCGACGCCUCCAGAGGAAGUCUCUCAUCCUAUGCUUACAUCCUCAUGGUGCUUUACUACCUCCAGCAGAGGCAGCCGCCUGUCAUACCCGUGUUACAGGAGAUCUUUGAUGGGGACUCGGCACCUGAGAGGAUGGUUGAUGGCUGGAACGCAUACUUCUUCGAUGACCUCGAUGAGAUGCGACGACGUCUCCCGGAGCUUCAUCAGAACAAGGAGUCUGUUGGAGAGCUUUGGCUCGGCCUGCUGCGUUUCUAUACAGAAGAGUUUGAUUUUAAAGAGAACGUCAUCUCCAUCCGCCAACACAAGAGCCUCACCACCUUCGAGAAGCAGUGGACGUCCAAAUGCAUCGCAAUCGAAGAUCCCUUUGACUUGAACCACAACCUUGGUGCUGGCGUCUCUCGCAAAAUGACCAACUUCAUCAUGAAAGCCUUUAUCAAUGGCAGAAAGCUCUUCGGUACCCCGUUUUACCCUCAUCCCGGAACAGAAGUUGAUUACUUCUUUGACUCUCAGGUGUUGACAGAUGGUGAGUUGGCUCCUAAUGACCGCUGCUGUCGGAUCUGCGGAAAGAUCGGGCACUAUAUGAAGGAUUGCCCGAAAAGGCGCAGAAUGAAGAAAAAGGAGAAUGAAAGAGAUGAGGAUACGCGUGAGGAGGACAGGGAGCCCAGAGAGAGACGCUGUUUUCAGUGUGGUGACAUGGGUCACGUGAGGAGAGACUGUCCGGAUUAUAAACACCUGCGUCAGAGGGCCGCAGUACCUCAUAUGGUUCAGACAAUGGCGUCUUCUCAGUCCAUCCCCAUCCCUCAAGGUGCACCAGGCCAGGACCGAGUCGGUCGGAACAGACAGCCCUCUGAAUGUUCUGAUACACGUCAGACUCCUCCAUACUCCCCCCAGCCCUCUCCAUACAGCCAAGGGUCCGUCUCGCCCCAGAACAUCAAGAACUCCCCGUCCUCUUCUACCUCCGCUGGACACCCCAAACCAUCCCAAUCGAAGAAGGUCCAACCUCACGUAUUCAGCUUUGCGCACCCUCACCCGGCCCAGUUCCGUCCUGGACUAUCUGCACUGGGUCUGCUGCCCACCCACCCCUCACAGCCACCCCUGAUCCCGGGCCCCUGGCCUGUCCACGGUCCUAUCAUUCAGGGCUCAGGGGCAUCGUCCUCCAAACCUGCCCAGCACGCUUCCUCGCCCGGCAUUAAGUUUGCCGUGCGGGGCGGGACAGGGGGCGGGACAGGGGGCGGGCAGGCGGUAAGCGCUGCUACCAUGAACCUAAACGACCCCAGCAUCAUUUAUGCCCAGCCUUCGGCGGGACGGGUGACUGGGGGGGUGGGUGGUCCAGGCAGAGAUAGGGGUCACCACUGGCAAAAUCACCAUCUCAAUCCAGGGCCACUAGUGGGAAAUGGCACAGUGGGAAAUAAGACAGAUCCUAAUUUCUCAUCUCCGUAUGGGGCUGUGAAUCAGGGCUCUCGGUCCUGGGAGGCAGGCAACGGUGCUCCGUAUUCACUAUCCCAGUCGUACAUGCCCUACCACAUGCCACCCUACCUGCAACCGGCCAACAAACCCUUCAUCUCACAAGGUUCGGUGGUGGCGAAUCAACAUUAUCCACUUAUUCAACACAAUCGGCACGGCAAUAUGAACUUCAUUCAACAGAAGAAAUGAAAAGACACUUUACUUUUUAAACCAAUGCCCAAGGUCCUUAUAGAAAAAAAAAAACUUUGCAUCGUUUGGUUUUGAAACUUUUUAAGAAGAAUUUUAUCAUUUUUGUACAGUUUUUAUGUUAUAGUUUCCUUUCGUUUCUUUGUUUAUCAUCGCAUUGAUUUGUGAUGCAAAAUGUCAAAUAUUUUAAUACCCCUAUUUUUGGAAGGGGUCCAAAAAAGUGUUUUAUUUUGUGUGUAAAAUAAGGAUUUAAAAUGUAUUCGCUUUAUUUUUAUUAGCUGUAUUCCUAUUUUGCUUGCAUAAGGACAAAGGCUUUAGGUAGGAAAAUUGAAAAUUACGGCCAAUAAGAAAAUUAUGUAGUGCCAAAAAAUCUUCCCUAUAGCAAACCAAGAAAAUUGUAAAAAAAACAGCAGAAAAAAAUCAAGAAAAGACCAAAAAAAUAAAGAAAAAGCAAACCAACAUGC